AUGCCUCCGCCCUUCACGCCGGUCCGUUGGUCGCCGCCCACAGCGCCUCCCCUUCCCCCCCCCGUCGUCCCCGGACGCCGGCGCUGGCCCGCUCCCACCCAAGGCCCCACGCCCAUCCCCAGAAUCGGCAAAACUCGGCAAGAAACAGCGAAUUCUGAUUCAAGAGCGGGCGGCAGAUUCUUGAGGGAGGCAGGGAGAAAAAUGCCUCGAAGGGGCGACCUUGGCCGGGAGCUGGGGAGAGAAGGGGUCGGAGAGGCCGCACUGGAGAGGAUGGAGAGCCUGGGCAUGAUCCAGCGGGAGUUUUGGAUUCAGUGCGACGGCUGCGGAAAGUGGAGGCGGACGACGGCGAAGGCGGCGGAGGACAACUCGACGCGGCGGUGGCUGUGCGGCGACGACGGGCGGGCCUGCUGCGAUCCGUGCGACUACUGCGCCGGCGACCGAUGCCGCUGCGACGCGUUGGAGGAUGACGAUUCCACCUGCUGGGCUGCAUCUGCAUAUCACCAUCUCUAUGACAGUGGCAUAUUCCUGUGA